AUGUGCGAGGCCGGCGAAGGUACUCUGCUGGAAUCGCUGAAAGUGAAGGGGGCCAAAAUUCCACCACAGAGUGAGCAGCAGCAGGAGGACGAGGGUGAGAGCGACGACGUAGUUGAGGUCGAUCUCGACACCAAGGUUAAAGAUAUAUCAGCGGAGCAGGCUAUCCAUGCCGCCCAGAUCAACAGCCUAAUGGAAGACGUGGAUAAUCUGAAAGACUCAGCUUACAAGGGGUUCAAACUGCCUAUGGCUGCACUAGAGGGUUUGAUCAGGCCUGAAGCCGGCGACUCCACCGCUGCAGCCCCACCGCCGGCGGGUACGGUCGGAGCAUCUGUAGUAGCUCCUGGCACAACAAAAGGUGCUCUUCACACCUCUGCUAGUGGUCUGUCACUUGCGCGUAGACCACUUUUCGGCGAGCUUCCAGGAUUCGUGCAAGCCCAGGGAGCCACAUCCGAGAAGAAAAGGUUUGGGGCGGGUGACACAGGUCCCGCAGCCGGCGCUUCAUCCUCCGCGGCAGAUCAGGCGGGUGCUGCAGCAUAUGUUUCUACAGCAGCAGCGGGUCAGCCAGGUGCCUCUGUCCGUGCUCCUCCUGCAGGAGCGGGUCAGCCUGGUGCCUCUGCCGUUGCUCCACCUGCUGGAUUGGUUCAGCAAGGUUCCUCUGCCGGUGCGGGUCCAGCAGGAGCGGGUCUGCCUGGUGCAGCAGCCUGCGUUUCAACAGCUGCAGCGGGUCUGCCAGGUGUAGCGGCCGUUAUUCCAACAGCAGCAGCGGGUCAGCCAGGUGCAGGGUUCGGUGUUUCAACAACAGCAGCGGGUCACCCACUUGCAGCAGCCGUUAUUCCAGCAACAGCAGCAGCGGGUCAGCCAAAGGCCGCAGCAGGUGUACCUACAGCAGCAGUGUGUCAGCCAGGUUCUGCAGGCGUUGCACGUACAGCAGCUGCGGUGCAGCCAUGUGCGACAGCGGGUGCUCCAAAGGCGGCAGCGCAUCAGCACGGACCCGCCACGGGGGUUGCUAUCAACGCGGGCGUUGUACGGCCUGGAGACGACUGCUGGGAUAUAUUGGGACCGGGGUCGGAUCUCACCAACUUUCCGCAGUGUGUGCAGGUCCAUGAUGCAACAGGGUCGCAAGCAGCUGCAUGGACAUCAGGAGAACAGCUGUUUGUGCCCCCGGGUUUUCCACCCGGGAUGCAUCUCCAGGGAUUUCGGGCACCAGGAGCGGGGGGGUUUGCUCCACACGGAGGUGGUGUUCAGCCGGGAGCAUAUGCACAUGGCGCGCCACCAGGGCCUAUAGGCCAUGCUCUGCAUCGUCCCAACUUGCUCUUCCACGGAUCUGGACAUCCAACCUCUGCCGUGCAUCUGCCGAUGUCGUCGCACGGCCCCGGUGUGCAGGAUCCAGUUGCUUUCCUCGUCGCUGCAGAGGCGCUCGACAAUGGCAGCAACCUACCUGGCCACUCCUCCUCAGCACCUCGUGGGACUCUAUUGAACAUGCUCUCCGGCUUCGCGCAGCCACCGCAACAGGUUCUGCCCUCCCCUGCUGCCUCCUCGUGCGCCGUGCCAUCGACCCAGGUUGGGGAGGAGGAGGAGGCCGCCAGCAUAAAUUACACGGGGGUCACCAAGAAGAAGGGUAAGAACGAGUGGGUGGCUAGGAUUGUCCUCGACCGCUCUUCCAAUUCUCUUAUUGUCAUCAGCAGUCACUUUCAAACUGAGGUCGCCGCGGCUAGGUCAAUAGCCGCAGCGUCUCAUGUGAUGUUCGUCGACAAUCCCACGAGAGGCGAUCUCAUCCCCUUGACGGACGUCGACACCGCAAAGUUACAAGGGUGUACGGCUCAACAGUGUGAUCUGAUGGUCCGGAUGAAGUUCUGGCACAAGUGGGAGCAGUGGGCGGAGUAUUGGCCUGCUGCUAAGGCUAAGUAUGACGAGAAAGAGCGAAGGGCGGCGUUGAAGCGAGCGGCAUUAGAUAGGAGCUUGGGGCAGCCUGACGGUCGGCCCGACAAAAAGGCCAGAACGGACGGUGAAGGCCCGUCAGGAGGGGUGACGGGAGAUAACCAUGAGGCUGUGGGAUCUAAGGAUGAGUAG